GGCCGAGCCGCGCCGAGCCGCGCGCUCAGAGUGCCUCAGAGUACAGUAUGGCGGCCGUGGCAAAAUAUUCGUCGUCUGUGUGCCGGAGUAGCGAGUGAUCUCUCGUGUUUUGUACGGGGUGUACGGGAUCCGCGAUCGGUAUCGAGUGCGCGCGCGCGCGCGCACACACACGGCCGCUGCCGAUCUACGAUCCGCCGGGCAGGCCGCCGCCGCCACUGCCGAGCUCUCCUCCGAUUUUCUUUCCAGCCGGGCGAGGGCAACCGGGUCUCGCGCGCGCGCGCGCGCGCGCGUGGCGAACGUACGUAAUAAUAAACGCAACCGCGACGACGACAAGCCGACGUCGUAGCGGCCCCGAUGCGGGUCGCGUGCGCUCCUCUCAGGGCAAAUGAUGACUUCGAUGCUGCCCAGCUUUAACCCGCCUAUCGUCAAGCGGCUGCUGGGCUGGAAGAAGGCCGAGAGCGAGGACAAAUGGAGCGAGAAGGCCGUUAAGAGCCUGGUGAAGAAGCUCAAGAAGUCCGCGGGCCUCGAGGAGCUCGAGAAGGCCAUCACGACGCAGAGCUGCAACACCAAGUGCAUCACUAUACCAAGGCCUAGCCCGGGCGGUGUCGGCGACAACGGCGUUCAGGGUGUCCGCGGCAAGGGUCUGCCGCACGUGGUUUACUGCCGACUCUGGCGCUGGCCGGACCUGCAGUCGCAUCACGAGCUGAGGGCGAUCGAGCACUGCGAGUACGCCUUCACCCAGAAGCGCGACGAGGUCUGCGUGAACCCUUAUCACUAUCAACGAAUACAAACGCCAGUUUUGCCGGCCAUUCUCGUGCCACGGCACAACCUAGCCAGCGACGAGAACACCGUCCUCUACAACACCUCCCUCGAAGAGCUCAGCGUCAGCGUGCCGGAGAACACGAGCUUCCACGCGACGUUGAAUCACCAGCACAAUCAGCAGCAGGGCAUACCGCAGUCCCCGCAACAGCAGCAGCAACAGCAACAGCAGCAACCAAAUAAUCCGUACCAAGGAAUGCAGAGUAUGCAGGCGACGAGUCCGGCGAGCGUCGGGAGCCUGGGAAGCGUGCAGGGUUCACCUCAUCCCGCCCCAGGAUCCAUGGAUCCGCCGGCGGAUACACCACCACCGGGCUACAUCAGCGAGGACGGUGACAAUAUGGACCACAACGAUAACAUGUCUUUGUCACGCUUGUCGCCUAGCCCAGUGGACGCGCAGCCGGUUAUGUAUUGCGAGCCCGCGUUUUGGUGUUCAAUUAGUUAUUACGAGCUAAACACGAGAGUGGGCGAAACGUUUCACGCGUCGCAGCCGAGUAUAACCGUGGACGGUUUCACCGAUCCAAGCAACUCGGAACGCUUCUGCCUCGGCUUGCUGUCCAAUGUGAAUCGUAACACGGUAGUCGAACAAACCAGGCGACACAUCGGCAAGGGUGUCAGGCUGUAUUACAUUGGUGGCGAGGUAUUCGCCGAGUGUUUGUCGGAUUCAAGUAUCUUUGUGCAAAGUCCAAACUGCAAUCAGCGUUACGGCUGGCAUCCGGCCACCGUUUGCAAAAUACCACCAGGAUGCAAUUUGAAGAUCUUCAACAACCAGGAAUUUGCGGCGUUGCUGUCGCAGUCGGUGUCGCAGGGUUUCGAAGCGGUGUACCAGCUGACGCGUAUGUGCACAAUCCGGAUGAGCUUCGUGAAGGGUUGGGGUGCGGAAUAUCGCCGGCAGACGGUUACCUCGACUCCCUGCUGGAUUGAGCUGCAUUUAAACGGGCCGCUGCAGUGGCUUGACAGGGUACUCACGCAGAUGGGAUCGCCUCGCCUACCCUGUUCCUCGAUGUCCUAAAUCUUUGUAUCCUCCAUCCGUUCGUUCGUGAGAGAAGAACACGUGAGAAUAUUACUCUUCGUGUGCUAUUGUCAUCAUUGUCAUCGUCGAUUAAUUGAUCGAUCCGUUCGUGUUUUCGCGUACGGCAUGUGAAAGUUGAAUCCGUUGUUUAGAUUUCCCUCGAACGAAUGCUAGCACCGUGACGCAUUGCAAGAAGAAGACGACUAUUUUUGCGCUCGAAGAUACAGUCAGCAGUUGGAAGAAUGAUAGCUCAGGCACAACGAUAUCAAGUUUUCUUUGCGCCGAAAUCGUGGCGGUGGCUUUCUUAAGUUGCCGUUUGCGCGAUUGAUUACAAAGUGACCGCAACAUGUGAAAUACGAAGGAAUGCAAAAUUAAACCGACAACUUGCUCGCACGACAGUAGAAAUAUCAAUAGUAGAUAUGUUAAAGGUUGAUGUCCCACCUACGGUGAUCAUUGUGAUCGAAGAGAGAAGACACGGUACCGCGCAGGGACGCGAAAUGAGACGUAGAGCUUUACUUCGACGCACUUAUAUCGCGCGCGCAUGUGCACCGCAAUUGGCGUACAAGAUAUAUCCAGGGUGAUCAUAAUCCGAGUUUAGUCGAUUCGUAAUAAGAAACAAAAAGAAAA